GGGAGCAGGGACGGUGGCAGGAGGUGGCCGGUGACACCUCAGUCUCCUGCCAGGGUGGCUCUUGGGAUAUGGGGCAGCAACAAACUUCUCUUCUCCCUUUCUGUAGCUGGCAGAGAAGCCGACGACAUUGUGAACUGGCUGAAGAAGCGCACUGGUCCAGCAGCCAGCACCCUAGCCGACGUCGCUGCAGCGGAGGCGCUGGUGGAGGCCAGCGAAGUUGCUGUGAUUGGGUUCUUCAAGGACACGGAGUCGGGACCUGCCAAGCAGUUCUUGCUGGCUGCUGAGACUGUUGAUGACAUUCCUUUUGGGAUCUCCUCAAAUGGGGACGUCUUCUCCAAGUACCAGCUCAGCAAGGAUGGGGUGGUCCUAUUCAAGAAGUUUGAUGAAGGUCGCAACAAUUUUGAGGGCGAGAUCACAAAGGAGAAUCUGCUGAACUUCAUCAAGUCCAACCAGCUGCCUCUAGUGAUCGAGUUCACUGAGCAGACUGCUCCAAAGAUCUUUGGAGGAGAGAUCAAGACUCACAUCCUGCUGUUCCUGCCCAAGAGCGUUGCUGACUACCAAGAGAAGCUGGACAACUUUAAGGCAGCUGCUGGGAACUUCAAGGGAAAGAUCCUGUUCAUCUUCAUAGACAGCGACCACAGCGACAACCAGAGGAUCUUGGAAUUCUUUGGCCUGAAGAAAGAGGAGUGCCCGGCUGUGCGCCUCAUCACCCUGGAGGAAGAGAUGACCAAGUACAAGCCAGACUCUGAUGAGUUGACGGCUGAAAAGAUCAAAGAGUUUUGCAGCAAGUUCCUGGAGGGCAAAAUCAAGCCCCACCUGAUGAGUCAGGACCUCUCUGAUGACUGGGACAAGCAGCCUGUCAAGGUCUUGGUUGGGAAGAACUUUGAAGAAGUUGCUUUUGAUGAGAAGAAGAAUGUGUUUGUGGAGUUCUAUGCUCCCUGGUGUGGUCACUGCAAGCAGCUGGCUCCCAUCUGGGACAAGCUGGGUGAGACCUACAAAGACCAUGAGAAUGUUGUCAUUGCCAAGAUGGACUCAACAGCCAACGAAGUGGAAGCAGUGAAAAUCCACAGCUUCCCCACACUCAAGUUCUUCCCUGCAGGCUCUGGCAGAAACGUGAUAGACUACAACGGGGAACGGACGUUGGAAGGCUUCCAGAAGUUCCUGGAGAGCGGAGGCCAGGACGGUGCUGCAGAUGAUGAUCUGGAGGAUGUAGAAGCUGAUGAAGAGGCAGAUAUUGAAGAAGAUGAGGAAGAGGACCAGAAAACCCACAAGGACGAGCUGUAACGAGGAGAGUAACCUGCCUAACCCCAGCAGACACUACACUGGCUGCUCUGCCAGUGGCCAGGCCAGGCCAGAAACCCAUCAAGAUUUAAAAAUGGAAGGCGAGUGACUGGAAACACAGGAAUUGGUUUAACAUACCCUUUGCCCUUCCCUUGUCUGCUCGCUCUCUACUGUCUCUCCCCCUCCCUCUCUGGUUCUGGAAAGGGAUUUGUCCUUAGGUAGCAGCCCAGGCGCCUGGGCCUCUUUCUUCUGUCAUUGUAAUGUACUUCCUGUACAUGGGUUUUGUUCCACAUAUGUUGUUGCUCUGGGUAGAAGCGGGUUGUGGGAGUGGCAGUACUGUCUCAUCCCCUUAUUUGGAGCCUUGCCAGUAACCUCCCCCAGGGAGGUUUUUCUCUUUCCAACCUGAAGUUCAUAGUUGUCAACCCAGCAGGGCCCUGACCACUGUCACAGCUGGGCUUUGUCACUUUUGUGUGUGUGCGUGUGGGACCACCGAGCUAGCAGGCCUCCUAAUGCGGGGGGAGUUUCCUCACUGUUGGGGCUAGCGAGGCAGCCCCACUUGCUUUCCAAGACCCAAAGGACUAGUCCCAGCGUGGUAAGGGCAGGCAUGGGCUGGGGCAAGCCCGGGGAGCGAAGACCCCACCGCAGGCUCGCUUGCUUAGAUGAGACUCAGCAGAGUCAUCUCCUUGCUGCUCAAUCACUUUCUGUGCAUUAUUUUGUGGGGUGACGAGGCAGGCGGGGAUGGAAUGCAACCAGGACACUUAGCAAGGGGGUGGGUAGGGGGCAGGGCGGGGACCAGGGGCUAGGGGGUGUUGUGAAGGCCCCUGCGGAGCUGGGCUCAUUCUGAGCAUUCCACCACAGGAGCAUUGAGCUGAACUUGGCCAAAUAAAAUUGAGAUUUUAAUACUA